AUGUGCUCCAUGCAAUUCUAUAUCUAUGUUACCACUUCGAUUACAAUUAUUUCUUGGCUUUUUUUUGACCUCCCAGCUGCUGGAAGUGUUCUUCUCGUCUCAUUUUUCUUCGUUUAUUUCGUUGCGAUUACUGUAACAAGUGUUCAAAAUGUGCUUCUUUUCGUUUUGGCAGUCAGAAGAUUCUUGAUUUUAUUCCUUCCCAAUUUCAAAAAAGUGAUCUCAAUCGAUCCGAAAUCAUUCAAACUCUGGUUGAGAAUACUCUACGGUUUUUAUAUUUUCAUUCAAGUCGCUUCGAAAAUUGUCAAAUUAUUUUGUGGAACUGAUUCUUUCGCCAGAACAUCAUUUUUGAAAUUCGAAAAUAAGACGGAACGAGUGAUGAAUUUAACUGAAAAGUAUGAGGAUUGCUCGUCAACUGUCGACUUCAUUUAUGUGAGAAUCUACCUAGCUGGUGACUUGCUAGUCAUGUUCGCCGCCGUUCUCUACGCUAUAAUGUUCAUAAAAAUCAGAAAAUGGAGUAAAAUGACAUCAGCAGACUCUUCGAAUAGCCCAGAAAAGUACAUAUUCUAUCAGACACUUCUCAUUGUUGUCACCAAAUUACUUGCGAUUUCCACAAUUUUAUUGCUAACUUAUCAACGAGGAUUUGAUUACGAUUGGGCAUUCACUACAUUCGUUCUCACCGAUAUUUCAACGACUCCAUUCGUGAUCCAAGGAUCUUAUUUGUUGUGUAAUCGAACUAAUGUUGAUACGAUAUUAUCGAUUCAAUUCAAGAAAUUGAAAACUUGGAAAAUGAUCAUCUUUGGAGGUGGAUCUGUAUCAGAAGGACGUCAAAGGAGAAGAGAAUUCAAAAUGAAAAUAUAUGAAGCAAAGAGGAAAGCACAAGAGAUGAUAAGAGGAGAUAAGACAAUUACAAAGUUGGUUGUUAAUGUAAUUCCGAUUAAUAGAAGGACUGAAAAUGCCACUUGA